AAGAAGAACAUCUGAGGAGGAGGAAGAAGAAGAAGAAGUUCCUCCUUGGUAUUUCCUCGUUUCUUCUCUUACAAGUUGCUGCUGACUCAACUGUGGAGAAAUGGCCUUAGCUGGUGAUAAAAACAGGAUUGUCGGAGAAGAGGACAUCUCAGGUGUUAAUAAUCUCAAAAGAAAAGGAGACGAGGCAGAAGGCGGAGAAGAUGACAGUAAAAACAGCAGGAUUGAGUCCUGUUUUGAUCAGCCGGUGGAUUCAAGCGUUCAUGAGGUCAUCAAGUACACGCCUUCUGCUCUUCCUGCCAAACACUAUGAUGCAAAGACAACUGAACCUAUCAGCUGUGGCCUAUGCUCCAUGGAUGAGUUGUUGUCAUGGAACCGAAGCGAGGCGAGCUCCUUCAACGUGGCGGUUGUUCCUCUGGCACCUCGGCAGCCCCGUCUGAUCAACUGUCUACGUCGGACAUUGGUGUCUCACGACAUGAUGGGCGGCUACCUGGAUGACCGGUUUGUCCAAGGUACAAAUUCAGAGGCCCCAUAUGCCUUCUACCACUGGCAGUACAUAGAUAUUUUCAACUACUUCACACAUCAGUUGGUUACUGUUCCUCCAGCCGUGUGGACAAAUGCUGCACAUAAACAUGGAGUCAUAGUUCUUGGGACUUUCAUCACUGAAUGGACGGAUGGAGCUACAAUGUGCGAGGCCUUCCUGAAAGAUGAGGAGUCCUACCGGGCCGUGGCUGAUAAGCUAGUCCAGAUCAGUCAGUAUUAUGGCUUUGAUGGCUGGCUCAUUAACAUAGAGAACAGUCUGAGUGAGGCAGCUGUGAGGAACACUCCGUUGUUUCUGCGCUAUCUGACCGACCAGAUGCACGAGCGAGUGCCCAGCAGCCUGAUCCUGUGGUACGACAGCGUUAUUGAGAACGGAAAUCUUGAAUGGCAGAAUGAACUCAACCAGUCCAACAGGAUGUUUUUCGAUGCUUGUGAUGGAUUUUUUACAAACUACAACUGGGACGAGAAGAACCUAGAGCAGAUGAAGGAUUACUCUGGGGUUCAGGGCCGUCAGGCGGAUGUAUACGUCGGGGUGGAUGUGUUUGCCAGAGGAAAUGUGGUGGGAGGCAUGCUGGAAACAAACAAGGCUCUUGAUCUCAUUCGCAAGCACAACUUCUCUGCAGCCAUCUUUGCUCCAGGAUGGGUCUACGAGAGCCUAAGUGAUAAGAGCGAGUUCCGCUCUAACCAAGACAAGUUCUGGGCUCUCCUCUCAGAUUACCUGUACAUCCACCGAGCAGCCUCACGUCUGCCCUUCAUCUCCUCCUUCUGCCAGGGCUUUGGGAAAGCAGUUUACCGGAAAGGACAGCGUGAGACAGAGAAGAGCUGGUUCAACCUGUCUGCUCAGGAGAUCCAGCCUUCUUACUACCACAUGGAUCUGGGGGGUCCGGGCUGGGUGAGCAGCAGCGGCUGCCCUGAAGACGCCUGGAAUGGAGGCUGCUCGCUGCUGCUGCAUGGACUCAUCCCUGCAACUUUAAACACUCCCAUUUGUGCCAAGAUUUUCUCCCUGCAUGUGCCACUGGAUUCCAAGAUCAUGGUAACUCUAGUCUACAAAGCCUCUGCUGGGAUCACUAUAUCUUUGCAGCUGACAACAACAGACUCCAUUCACUGUUCCCAAUCUGAAGUCCACGAGGUCACCCUAACAAGUCUGUCCCAUAAGACACUGAGUGUUGGAGCACAGGCAGUGAGCCAGAUCUCUGACCUGUGUGGAAACAGGAACCUACAUGGGUGGACUGUUAAAUGUUCACAACUGGAGCUUCACGGCUGUGUUCUCAGAGAAGUGUGUGUCCUUAUCCAUCGGGACGGAGAGCCUCAGGACCAGUCUUUCAGCUGCAGGGUGGGAGAGAUCAUGGUACUGAAUGUGGAUACUCUGCAGCUGCCCACUGACCCUGUUCGAGGCUUGUGCGUUGAUGACGUGGUGUGGCAGCGUGGAGUCGGAACAUUGCCAGAGAGCCUGCUCCUCAAUGCUACCCUGCGCUGGGAUUACCCAGGAGAAUCUGUGCGCCACUUUAGAGUGUACUGGCGACGGCUGAGAGGCCCUGAUCCUAGAAUCCCUGCUGGCCAGCUGGAGCUGCUGGCCCGAGCCUACUCCAACCAGUUCCGGGUGACGGAGCUGGUUGUGCCCAAGCCCCCCAGCGUGUUGGAGCUGGUGGUGGAGCCAGUGAUCAGGAAUGGCUUCCCUGUCCCAGAGAGUCACUGGGGACGGAGACAACUCAGCUACACAGAUACAUUUGAACAAUGAUCUCACACAAACGUUCUUUUUUUUCUAGGGCUUUUUGUUACUGUUGUAAACAAGGCUAUGAAGUUAAGCAGAAAAUUGAACACAAGAAGUAAAAUCUAAAUGUGGCGAGUUGCCACAGACUAUGCUAUGCAGUGUUUUUGUGUGAAAAUCACUAUUGUUUAAAGGUCCUGUCAGUUUCUGAAUUCAUACAUUUUUCUGACUCUACCAUCAGUGGCUAUGUUUUUGACAUAAUCCUAAAUAUGCAGUGACUUGUAGACGUAUUGACCCCCCCCCCCCCCCCCAACUUAAGAUGUUCCACAUUUUGUCACUUAAUUACCACAAUUUCUGCAAGGUAAUGCCUCUUGAAAAGUAAAAGAGACAUUUAACAAUCUUAAACUUGUCUUUUAGAAACAAAACUCUGACAAGUUUGGUAAACAUUUGCAUUCUUGAUCCGAUCACCUGUUCUCAGAUGCUGAUGCCCAUUUUCACUCGUGCAAACUGCAGUUUUCUCACAGGGUUCUGUAAAUCAGCUGCUGUCUUUCCUCUAUUUAACCUGAAUAUUGCAUUUUUUUAUCUGAAUAUGCUGUAUUAAUUGUGCAAUAUAUUUUUUACUUUUGUGAUAACUAAAUUCUUUUCUGCUUUACAAAUUUAAAUAAUCUUUUUUAUUCAUAUUACUUAAUCUAGUCUGUAACUCUGAUGUAUCCUGUCUGCAUGCUUUUGCCACUGUCACCCAGAUUUCCCCAUUGAUGGACAAUAAAGGUCUUUCUAUUCUA